UCAAUACUCACUAACGAUGUCUGGACGUGGUAAAGGUGCAGGCAAAGCCAGGGCUAAGGCUAAGAGCAGGUCCUCCAGGGCGGGGCUGCAGUUCCCCGUGGGCCGUGUGCACAGGCUGCUCAGGAAGGGCAACUACGCCGAGCGUGUUGGCGCCGGAGCCCCCGUGUACCUGGCCGCGGUGCUCGAGUAUCUGACCGCUGAAAUCCUGGAGUUGGCCGGCAACGCCGCCAGGGACAACAAGAAGACCCGUAUCAUCCCCCGCCACCUGCAGCUCGCUGUCCGCAACGACGAGGAGCUGAACAAACUGCUCGGAGGAGUUACCAUCGCCCAGGGUGGUGUGCUGCCCAAUAUCCAGGCCGUGCUCCUGCCCAAGAAGACCGAGAAGGCCAAGUAAACUGUGUCUCACCGAACCAAUCACACAACGGCUCUUUUAAGAGCCAC